AUGGGUACCUUUUUCUCCAAACGUCAAAGUGUAGAAUUUACCUUGAUCCCAUCAGAAGAAAUAAGCGGCCCAUUGGGCCUAGGUGACCCUGAAAGUAAAGAAAUCACGAAGGUUGAAGAGGAGAGCAUUAUACCGGCGCUUAUGCAAGACAGAUUGAGAACGAAACAAUGCGCGAAGCUUUGGGACGGUAAGUAUUAUUCACUACUGAGCAUUCCAUGUUUUCAGAAUGGUCAAACUGUACACAAAAAUACUACUGGGCAGCAAUGUACAUUUGCAAGACGGACUUUCAUAAGGCUUUAGAGUGCAACAAAAGAUAGUAAGAAAAUUUUUAAAAAAAUUCAUGAUUUCAGCCUACAAGACCCUCAGUUUUUCGAAGAAAUGAAGAAUUUAUAUCUGAAAAUGCGUUCGAAUUACAGGAGGACGGGGUUGGAACAACGCGUUGUACGAACCGACAAAACAUUCUAGUCUUAAAUAGAAGCUACAAACGUCAUCACAUUGUCCCUCUUUUGAAAGGCAACCAGGUUAUUAGUAGAAUAAAAACUUUGUAUAUUGAGGAGUUUAUAA